CCAAAACAGCAUUCAUCUGAACAUGGACCUAUUAUGAACGAGGCCCGGAACGAGGCUUAUUUCCUAUAGGUCCAUAGGCUAUGUAAACAUAAGCAGACCUAGAAUUCUCAUUCGCAACCGUCAUGACAAAUAUUUAUGGGAAGCUUCUAUCAAUUGUAUGUAGAUCAGCUGGGAUCAGGCGGGCCUUCCAAUCCGUUCGUUGGUCGAGGGUCGUCCAUAUAAAUUCAUAUGCACUGAUGCUUAUACAGUUUAUUGUGGAAUAAGAAACUACAUGGAAAGUACUGGAUUGGCGUUGCAUAUACACUUCUCUUCAAGAAGGAAUCAAUUCAUAAGGCUGAGCACUGAUUAAGGCAGAUAAAAUGAACAGGGUAAAAAGACAGAAAAUGGACACCUCUGAAGAGGAACCACGAAUCGUUGAGGUCAGGCGGUCAAGCGAAUGGUACGAAGUGACCUGGAACGAUGGGUACACGGGUCGAUACCCAUUUGUCUGGUUACGUGACAACUGUCGAUGUCCAUUGUGCUACUACCCGAGCUCGAAGCAAAGGUGUGUUUUGCUUAGCGACAUCGACGUCGAAAUAGAACCGGAGAGCGAGGAGAUCAUCGACAACGGCGAAGAACUUAAGAUAUACUGGCCUGAUAAGCAUGUGAGUCCGUUCCCAUCCCGAUGGCUCUAUCGCAAUCGCUUUGACAAGACACAGUAUGACUCAGUGAACGACAUCAAGCCCAAGCCUUGGGGUUCGGAAAUGAUCAACCAACUUCCAAAGUUCGAUUAUACGAAAGUAAUGGAAGACUCAAGAGUCCUACGGGACUGUUUGAGGAGUCUAAUCGUGAGUGGUAUUGCCAUGUUGACUGGAGCACCAAAGGAACAGGGGGUAACUGAAGCGAUUGGUAAACGCGUGGGUCACCUAAGGACGACUAUGUAUGGUAAAAUCUUUGAAGUCCUUGCGAUUGCGUCUUCAAGUAAUCUUGCCUACACCACGUUGAAACUUGGGUUGCAUGUGGAUCUUCCAUUGUACGAGAUUCCUCCCUCUAUCCAAAUGCUCCAUUGCAUCAAGCAAUGUGAGACUAUCGGCGGUGAGAGUCAGUUCUGCGACGCCAUGAAAGUCACCAACGACCUCAAAGAAUCCGAUCCAGAGUUUUACGACACCCUCACUCGGGUCAAAGUUGACUUCCGGUUGCGCGGGAAAGACUUCAUCCCCUAUCACUACCAGUUUGCCCGACCAAUCAUCGAGCUCGAUGAGAAAGGAGAAUUCAAAGCUAUAUCACAUAACAAUGCUGUCAGGGCACCGUAUAUGAACAUACCUGUUGAGGAGGCCAAAAACUUCUACAAAAGUCUGGCCUAUUUGGAUAGGAAGUUGAACGACAAAGAAAACAUGAUACAGUUCAAGCUGAAGGAAGGCGAGGUUGUGAUAUUCAACAAUAACCGUGCGAUGCAUGGUCGAAGUAGCUUUCGAAUGGCACAGGGGUAUGACGAAGGCAAGAAAACCAGGCAUCUUGAAGGAGGUUACCUGCAGUGGGAUGUCGUUAAAUCAGCUAUCAGACUCCUUGACGAAGAACUUGAUGACAUCACUAUCCACUAAAAUUUCCACAUUGUAAACUCGAUCAAGCGACAAAGGGCGAUUCCAAACGUGUCGUACGGGACAUUUCGACAACAAUAUCAAGUCUCUUAGUUGAUUGCUUGAACAAUAAUUUAUCUUUUGUCAAUACUAAAAUUAAAAAGUUUGAUUAUGGGAGAAUCACAGCUGAAAAUGUCGUGUGUCAUACGGGACUCAGAAAUGUCCCGUACGACACGCAUACACCUCUAAUUAAACAUGGACAACAAAAUUUUGUUGGUUGUCAUGUUGUUACAUGGCUACCCAGUACUACUUUAUUAUUACCACAAAUACAUUGAAAUUCCUUGUUUGUUUGGAGAGUAGGUUGAAAAAUGUUGUGAAAAUUGCUGACUUUUCUAGCAUGGAAUCGCCCCAAACUAAAUAGCUCUCCUAGCAUAUCUUCCUCUUCACUGGUCCAAUUUUAUUGAUCCGAACUUUCAUUUGCCUGGCCGAUAGAUGGCGCUAUGAAUAUCAUAUAUUUUUCCGUCUUUCUUUUACGUUACGGGGAAUGUGAAUGCGUAGGGAGAACGGGGGGGGGGGGGGGGGGGGGGGUAUUGGCGAAAUAUGCUUCCUCUAAAGAUCUCAUGAAAUAUCUACUUUAAUGUGCCGUUUUGUUCCAAAAGAAAAUCAAUUGGAUAUUUCAAAUAAUGCAUCUAUAUAUGUCUUUUCGUUUAUAAGAAUGUCUUUAAAAAUAUAAAGUUAUAUUGAUUUCAUAUAAUUCUUGCAUUUGUGUCUACUGGUAUUUAUACCUAACUAUUGUGAUUAAUGUCUUUAUUUUACAUCCAAUACUUUAUUUACAUGGCAUUUUUGGUUAUUGUAUCUGAAACUGUAAAAAUCUUAUUCAUAGAGGAAGAUGUAAAAUAAUAUUUAAACAAACAAAGAAUAAUGUUGAUUACUGCAUUUAAAUGUUAAAGGACAAGUCCACCCCAACUGGAGGUUUCUUUCAGAAGGGGGGGGGUAAAAGAAGGAUAACGCUCGGUAUUUCAUCGGGGUCGGAUGUGAAAUGGGAAGGUAAUGCCUUUUAGGGAUUCGCUUCAUCACGUAAAGCAGUUGUGUGCACAUCAAGAUCCCUUUGCCAUGUUUGCAAAUGAGGGGGACUUAUGACGUCACCCACCCAGCUGUUUUUUUUCUAUUUCAUUUUAAGCAAUAUUCUUAUUUUUUCUCCUCAUGGUCAUGUCAAACAAGAGUUAAAUUCCCUUUGAACAUUUGGAAUUACCGUUGUUUUAAUAUUUGUAGUUUGAUUGAAAAAUUGAAAUAUUGAUAUGAUUCAAACAUUAAAGAAGAGAGAAGAUGAGAGAGGGAUGUGCACACAACUGAAUUUCUCAUUGCAUAAUUAUCACUAAUUUGUACAUGCGGAAGUUGGAUGGAACUUUGGCAUGUCAUUUAUAUCAUUUUUCAUCCCACUUCAAUGGAGUUUUCAAUGCUAUACUUCUUUGAAUUUUCCAUCUUGGUUCCAAUAAACUAUUAUUUUUUCUGGUUUGGUCUUAACUUCUUUUUCUUUUCCUUUCUUUUCUUUGUUCUGUGCAAAAUGAGGAUUGAUUAGAUAUUCAUAUUGUACCAUUUUUUUUCCUCAAAUCAAGAAAAGAUUCCACAUAUGCCUUAAUGUUGAUUUAAGAUAGUUUUAUAUGUAUUUAUGCUGAUAUUCACAUUGAUAAAUUUUAUUGUAUUGUUGGUUGGUUUUGUUUUUAAUGCUAUACUUUAUUGUAUUUGACUCUAUGUGAUUGUAUUGAAAUAAUAAAAUCCCUUUUAAAGGGAUAAAAUAUCAUUUAAG